AUGGCGAAAGGAUCUCAAUCGGCGGUACCAGCAACUCCGAUGAAGUCCGGCGGAACGCGAGGCGACGACUCGACGGCGGCCCUGAUCACGCCGCAACUCGACCCGAUUGCUGAGCGCCACGUCAGCUUCGACGAGUCGAUGACUGGAUCCGACGCCAAGGACGAAGAAAUGGAUGAAGAAUACGACGAUUACCUGGAGGAGAAGGCGCCUGCGCCAGCGGUGGUGACACCCGAGACUCCGGAAGAUGCAGUGAUGUCCGCGGGGCGCAGCGGGGGCUCGCGCUCCCUGGCGCACAGUCUCGCGAGCGAGUUGGAAGACGACGCGCCUCCCGUCUCGCGCAACCUCGCGGACGAACUGGAUGAUGUGGAUGGCCCUGAGCCAGCGUAUGAUGACAUGGAAGAGUUUGAAGACAGCGCCGACGACUCACGAUCGCCGGUGCUGACGACUCAAGUAACCGAGCAAACCUCGGGCAACCGGCCGCCGAUGAAUGGAGACACGCCGGCAGCCAACAAGGUACUCGGCCGAUGCUUUGAAGCAAUGCGUGCGAGCGAAUGGGGUCGACUCUUCGAGCCGCGCAUGAUCAGCCAAGCGGUGUGGGCAGACCUGAGCCACGAGUUGGCGCGACCGGUGAAUGCGGUCACAGUUGAGCAAGUGGCGAAGGACACGGUGACGUUCCUGAAAGCGUUGGGUCUCCGGCCCACGCUUGCCCCGUCGCCGUCGACUCUGGAGAGUUUCCUGCCCGCGGAAGCCGGAGCCGAGCUCUGGCAAUGGAAGAAGAAGUUGUGUACAACCUUCGGGGUGACCCCCUUCUCUUUGGAACAGCCGAAGGCGGCUCGCACCAACAAGGGUGGCGCUGAUCCAGCGCGCGUCCCGCUCCCGCGAACUCCGAAGAAGACCGAGCGCAGUUACUCAGCCCGGGCUGCGACUGGAGAAGUGUUCAGUGCGUCGGGCGAGCGAUCGCCGAACUUUCAAGACUCCCACAUGGUCACUCCACCCGCGACGACUCGUAAUGAACGAGUUGCGCGUGGUGCCGAAGACUCGAGAGUGACCAGGAGCAGUCUACGAAGCUCCGGACGGAGCUCAAGUCGCAAGUCCCGCUACGCCGACGACUCAUCUGAUGACGACGAUGACUUCACGGGAGACGGAGGUGCGCAAAUGGACGAAUAUCUGCGACAGAUCCGGGAGGUGAGCGACGCAGAGACCGUGAACCCGACGCCGAGGCUCGAGGUAGCGAUGCACCGACCACUGGGGCAGAUCUCGACGUUCUCGGGCGCUCGCAACAGGAGCGAGAACUCGAUGCAGUGGCUGCGCGCGUUUGUGUACGAGAUGAAAGGUACACACGCGCCGCCCAAUGAAUGGUGCAUGCCCUUCGAACUCCGCCUGAGAGACGGCGCGGUACACUGGCACCGACAACAGACCAAGAAGACCAAGCGAACCGGGACUUUGCUGAGCGAAGCCUUCAUCCGCUACUACUGCUCCCAGUUCAGCCAGUCAGCGGAAACCCGAUACUACUCUGCCAAGCGCGACGACAAGGAACACGUCUGCGACUACCUGAACCGACUUAACGGCUACGCCCGCAACGCAGGCGUCCAGUUCGAGAACGGCGGCCGCAAGGCGAAGGACCACGUCAAGCGCUUCCUGGAGACUUGCGGCGACCGUAAGCUGGAGAGACGACUCGCUCCUCUGCGGAUCAAGGACAUCCAUGAGCUGGAGGAGAUGAUCAUCGAAAUGCUGAAGGUUGAAGAGCGACAGAGUUCGCGCGAGUCUUCGCAGUCGCGAUCCAAGGCUCGGGAGCCGUCCCGCCGACGUGAUGACAGGCGUCCCGAUGACUCGCGUCGCCGAGAUGACCGGCGCCGGCAAGACACCCGAGACGGGUACCGCCGCGAUGACUCGCGAACUGGCCACAGCCGUGGGGAUCGACGCGAACGAGAUUAUGAGCGUCGUCGCGACGACUCUAGGAUCGUUCCUCGCGUGACCCUGGCUGACGCAUCUGUGGAAGACAUAGUCGCUGAACUGCAAGGACGGGACGCCAGGAGCACCUCGACCGGACGCGACAGUACGCGCCAGCAGUUCAGCGAUGACAGCGACGCCGCCAGCGAUCGAGGCUCCGAUGACUCGUGGUACUCGGAGGAAGGCGGACACGAUGGGUACUCAACGGAUGGCAGCGAUCACUACGUGGCUGCGGCGCACGAGAGCGAACGACGCGCGGCAGCCGACGGCACGUACGCCAGGUCCGACAAUCGGCCUUCCCGACGCGAUCAGAGUGGUCGGGAACCCAGCCGGGACAACCGAUACCAGAGCCGAGAUGGCCGUGACAAUCGACGACGCCAGUACGGUCCCUGCGCUGCCUGUGGUGGUCUCUCCCACUCAGCCCACUUCUGCAACCGGCGCUGCAAGUUGUGCAAACAAGUGCACGACGCAGGCCGAUGCGAAGUGUUCCAUGAACUCACCAAGCUUGUCCGCAACAAGGUGGACAAGAAGGACCUCACUCCUGAGCUCCAGAACCUCCUCUUCACGGAACAUAUAAACUAG